UGAGCACGCUGAGCGCAAGGACUUACUGGUGACUUUUCGGCUCCAUUUCAACUGUUCAGAUGAAAACUUUGCAAUCGGUGUGGGCUGGAUCCAACACGUCAAAACCCAAUCAGCGGAAACUCACACAGUCACAAGGAAGUCUAAUCCAAAUCAAUCCCCCGACAAUUUCAAGUCCAGGAGCGAUCUAGGCUCGGGCGCUCCUGAACUCUCUGCUUACUAACAUCGGCUGACAAACAGAUUGUGAGGCGUCGACGGUUUGUUGAUGUAACAAGCGUGUACUGAUACAUACAUUGUAUCCCAGAGAAAUUGCAACAACUGGAAUCCAGUUGAUUUAUGUUGUACAGUGUAUUAUAUACUUGCAUGUCUCGAGCUCGAUAGUCCAAGAAAUAACGUUGCUUCUUUACAAAGCAUGUAGGGUUAUACAUGUGUAGCACGACUAAAAUGCCUGAACAGUGUUUACAAAGUAAAAACAAGGCCAGCUUUUCAGACUGAAAAGAUAAAUAGCACGUGACCUGAUACAAAGGUCACUUACCACUUACUAAGCACAUAUAACGUUACAGCAGGUGUCAGGUCGUUCUUUCAAGAUGGCGGACACAAAGUUUGUUAAGAAAUGCAGGUGCACAAGAAUAGUUUUCUUCGUCAUCCUGGGUAGUUUGGUAGGCGUGGGAGCAGUAGUCGUGGCGAUUGUCGUUCCACAGUAUCUCCACGAUCCAGACGACCUCAGUCGAGCGAAGGAGAUUCUCAGUCAAGUGCCGCUUGUGGAUGGUCAUAAUGACUUACCGAUGUUCCUGGAGACUGCCGUCGACGGCGCCAUAAACAAUAUCAACUUAGAAAACGAUCUGCGUCCGUUGCUAGGCAACAAAUCUCAAACGGACAUUCCUCGCCUGAGGGAGGGUAAAGUUGGUGCCCAGUUCUGGAGUUCGUUCUUUCCUUGUACAUCUCAGCACAAGGACGCUGUGCGCAGGGCGCUUGCGCAGAUUGACGUCAUCUACAGGAUUGUCAGAAAGUACCCAGACGUCUUUGAGUUUGCCACCAGCUCGGAGGAGAUAACUGACGUCUUCAGCCGGGGUAAGAUCGCCAGUCUGAUCGGUCUGGAGAGCGGUCAUGGGAUCGACAGCAGCCUGGGGGCACUGCGCAUGUUCUACGAGCUGCGCGUGCGCUACGUCACUCUGACGCACUCAUGUGACACGCCGUGGGCUGCUUCGAGCACGCAUGACACGCCUGUUGGGGACGGCCUGACCGAAUUUGGACAGAAAGUUGUCCUGGAGAUGAACCGACUGGGCAUGCUUGUCGACCUGUCACAUGUAUCCCAUCAGACCAUGCGCGACGCGCUUAACGUCACAGAAGCUCCGGUCGUCUUCAGCCACUCCUCCGCGUACGCCAUCUGUCCGGUGACGCGAAACGUCCCGGAUGACGUCCUGGACAGAAUGAAAAUGAACGGAGGGAUAGUUAUGGUGAAUUUCUACCCAGGGUUUAUCAACUCUACGGCAACCUGGACGAACUGGGAUUUCGUGACCAUGGAGGAAGUCGCAGAUCAUGUGGACUACAUCAAAGACCGUGCAGGGGAGGAUCAUGUCGGGAUUGGGGCAGACUUUGACGGGAUUGGUGGCAGUCACCCUCGUGGGUUGGAGGACGUUUCUAGUUACCCGCGGCUGUUCGCAGAACUCCUGCGGAGAGGUUGGACGGACGAGCAGCUGAAGAAACUGGCGGGGAACAACUUCCUCCGGGUUUUCCGGAAGGUAGAGGAGGUGAGAGACAGACUCCAGUCCGAACGUCCCCCGGAUGAAGACCAUAUCAGCGAGGCCGACCUUGGGAACCAGACAUGCAGGACAACUAAUACAUAGUCUAGGACUUAACAUACACCCUUGCCUGAAGAACCAAGUAACCUAAGACACAAUAUGAUUGAUCGAGACUAUGAAGGAUCUACUUAGGAAUAUCAAAGUUGGGGUGAUAAGAAAAGAAAAACGACAGUCUGACAGACUGAAAAAUUGAAACUCUCGAAAACAGUUCAAGUUAGCAAUUUAAAAAGGAUAAUUUAUGUCGCAUAGCUUUUGAACAUUUACCUCAGACAAUCUGUAUCAGGUACAGUAUUCUAUGAAAACCUACAUGAACGCGCUAUAGCCGCUUUAUAUGCAAACCUAGGAUCACGCGCUACGCAUGGUCAAGUUACGGUGAUCGUAUCCCUUGACUAUUCAUUCGUAAUGCACAGACAAUAAUUCUCAGAAAGAGAGUAAAAAUGAAAGUGAUCAUUCAGAAAGAAAUCCACACAUUUUAAGUUUUCUUGCACCAUUGGCGGAAUUUGUCAUUGUACAUACAGUGUAUAACUUUUGCUUAUUGUAGUAGCAUGCUAUAUUUUUUUAUUACAACAUUUAAUGACAGAAAAAACAAGAUGACGACACACUCAAGCUAAAGCUUAUGUUCAUGUCGCCAUCUAACAAAAGUACAAAAACAGAUACAGACAUGCAAAGCUUGAUAAUAACAACAUAGAAUGACUAAGGUUACAAUGCAUAAUAACAAUGAUACUGUGAUCAAUAUAAAAUAUAUAAAGAGGCAUUGUAACGUUAUAUGCAAGUGCAAGUAAAAUGCUAUUUGCAGAAUAAACCAUAUACACAUGUACAAACGAAUGGGGCGAAAAACCUAUGGCAUCCCUUAUGAUCAGAAAUAAUUAAUCGACAAUACUGUAGUCCUGGUGAGCCAGGCAGAACCCGUUCUCCGUGCUUCUUUUUUUGCCGAAUGAUGCGUGUGGCUACUCUCCAAGCAGA